AUGCCUCCCGGCGAUGUCUCACUGCCGGAUAGCCUUGUGCCGGGCAACGGGGCUGUCCGUCCCACAUUAAAUACCAGUGGACACGGUGGUAGUUUUCAGAGACAGACUCCCACUUCGCCUGCCGAUAGUAAUAGAACUUUCGACUCGCCGCGUGCAAGAUCUGGUGGGCGGAAUGGGUCUGCUGUGACUAGCCCGGUGGAUGGGAUGCAAAAUCCAGACGGUCGCAUGGGCCGAAGAUUGGACUCGAACAACCCUGGCCAGCGGGACCCAUCAACUCCGCGUGAUCGAGCUGGCUAUUGGGAGAAGUCAGCCCAACGUGACAGACCUUCUCAGAGCGGCCGUCCGCCCACAAAAUCCCCGGGUAGUUCGCGUAUUUGCAAAAGGUGCGGCGAGCCUCUGACGGGCCAAUUUGUACGCGCACUUGGCGCAACAUACCAUCUUGAGUGUUUCAAGUGCCAGGAUUGCGGGCAAAUUGUGGCAUCCAAGUUCUUUCCGGUCGACGCUGAAGACGGAAGCGGACAAUAUCCACUCUGUGAGACGGAUUACUUUCGGCGAUUGGACCUCCUCUGCCACGAAUGUGGCGGUGCUUUGCGUGGUUCCUAUAUCACCGCCUUAGACCACAAGUACCACAUCGAGCAUUUCACUUGCUCCGUUUGCCCAACGGUUUUUGGCGCCCAAGACUCGUAUUAUGAGCAUGAGGGCAGGGUUUAUUGCCAUUUCCACUAUUCCACCCAGUUUGCUCAGAGAUGCCACGGGUGUCAUACAGCGAUUCUGAAGCAGUUCGUGGAGAUUUUCCGCAAUGGUCAGAAUCAGCAUUGGCAUCCAGAGUGCUAUAUGAUUCAUAAAUUCUGGAAUGUGCGCCUAGCUCCAAAUGGCCAGCCUCUGGAGCCUCCUGAGGCAGGUCUCGAUGCCACUGACGAGGAACGAAAUAGAGUGCGAGAAGAAGAAGAUAUGAUGGAGGAGAAGGUUUACAGGAUCUGGAGCAUUCUUUCUGGUUUCGAAGAGUCUUCAGCUGCCUGCAUCUCGGAUAUGCUACUACACGUCAGCAAUGGCUCCUAUCUGGAUGGAGUCCUAGUUGCUAAGAGAUUCAUUGGUCACGUCGAAGUUCUAUUCCGAGCCAUCGAUGAACUUGCUGGAUACAUCAAGGCGCAAGAGAUGAAGGACCUUGCUUACGGACGUGAGGCCAAACUAUUGUGCAAGAAAAUUGUCGCCUUCUUCGCUUUGCUGUCUAAGACCCAGGAAGCUGGGGUACGGAAACUAGGUGUCACGCAAGAACUCCUAUCAUUAGUCACUGGUCUUGCCCACUACCUUAAGCUCCUCAUCCGCAUCGGGCUUCAAGGCGCUCUGAAGCUGGAGAGGGAGAAGCAGAGUCCCGAAGGCUUGUAUCACUUCCUCGAUCACUUGGCAGAUAUUGAGACACUCAGGCCUCCGGAGCAAGAAGAAACACCUGCAGAUCUCAUGGCUGGAGUAGCCAGUCUUGCCGACCAGCUUUCUGAUUGCUGUGCAGCAUGUAAAGAACCAAUCGAUGAUGAGUGUAUCAUGCUGGGUGAUUCCAGGUGGCACAUCAAGCCGCCUCAUCUUACAUGUGCAGCAUGUCAAACGGACCUUACCGAUACUUGUCAAGAGGCCCUCUGGAGUCCCGGGAUGAAAAAGGUUUUCUGCAAUAGUUGCGUCUCGCAGCAAGGCCUUGUGAAUGAGACUCAAGGUGGAUUUACUCGUGUGAGCAAAUUACAGCAGUUUGUUUUCCUGUUACGGGUUGCACUCGCGCGGCUUCUUGCUGUUUUGCACGCUGGAGGAACCUUGCAACCCACUUCAGAUGACCCGAGCUUCGCUGUGAGUGAGACCAAAGAUGGCAACCAACCUCCAUCUGGCGGUGAAGUUCGCAGAUCCACGACAAGGUCGAAGUAUGCGGGCAGAGACGGUGCUGCUGAAUCAUCGCUUGAGCAGACCGUGGGCGAGAUGCGACGCUUGCGGUCCAUUCGGAACGAGCGUACUCUGUCAACUACAUACAAGAGAGCUAGGGCUUCAAGAAUUAUCGACGGUCCUGAGGGUCGAAGUGUCAGGCCUGGUUCUUCAGGCGGAGAAGGUUCCGAUCCCCGUGGCCACGGCUUCCAAAUUGUGGAGGAAAGAGAUGCCAAUGGCGAGACUGUCACCGACCUGACGUUUGGUAAUCAGGACGCUUUGACAUUGGACGAUAUUCCCCGGAUUGUGGCCGCCGAGCAAGCAAAAGAACAACGUCCCAACGCUUACAGACAUGCCGGCACUAAACUCGUGGGUACGACUGAGCCGCUUCCCAGGUAUAACCAAGGUCAUCAACGAGGUGUGUCUAGCGGAAACUUGGAAUCGCACCUUGCAGAGAGAACUACGAAGACCAAGAAGUACUUCUCUGAACUCUCAGCUCUCGAAUAUUUUAUCGUACGGCAUGUCGCUGUCUUGUCCAUGGAACCUUUGCUGGAGGGCUACUUCACAUUGGAUGAGUUACUCUCCUUGAUUGAGUCUCGCAAGCCAACAAUCUGGAACAUAUUCGGUCGCGCCUUCAACAAAGAUGCCAAAAAGGCCGGCAAGAAGAAGGGUGUGUUCGGCGUGAGCCUCGACUUCCUGGUCGAAAAGGAGGGUACAGAAUCCACUCAUGGCGUCGGGCCUGGCGCGCUUCGCGUUCCUGCUCUUGUUGAUGAUGCUGUGUCGGCGAUGCGGCAAAUGGAUAUGUCAGUGGAAGGUGUUUUCCGAAAGAAUGGUAAUAUUCGACGGCUGAAGGAGAUCUCUGAGAUGAUCGACAAUAAGUACGACCAGGUUGAUCUCACGAAGGAGACUCCUGUGCAGAUUGCGGCUUUGUUGAAGAAGUUCCUCCGCGAGAUGCCUGAUCCGCUCUUGACUUUCAAACUCCAUAAUCUAUUCGUUAUCUCACAGAAAAUACCUGACCCCGAAAAGCAAAAGCGGUUACUGCACCUCACGUGCUGUCUGCUGCCCAAGGCUCAUCGCGAUACUAUGGAAGUUCUUUUCGCCUUUCUAAACUGGACGUCGUCUUUCUCGCAUGUGGAUGAGGAUACGGGUAGCAAGAUGGAUAUCCACAACCUUGCAACUGUCAUAACACCUAACAUCCUCUAUCCAAAUACGAAGAACAGCACAGUUGAUGAAAGCUUCUUGGCAAUAGAGGCUGUCAAUGCUCUUAUCACUUACAACGACACUAUGUGCGAGAUACCGGAAGAUCUUCAGGCUGUUCUUAGCGACACCACAUUCAUCAAGGAUAACAACGAAGUCAGUACCAAGGAAAUUCUGAAGAGAUAUGGCGACAUCGCGCGAGGAAGCUUCUCUCAGAAACCCAACAAUGGCGGAGAAACUGUGACAAUCACAAACCCUCAUAACCGAGGAGCAAAUAUUGCUACAUCUGCGCGCAUUGAAACAGACCAGUCUCAGGAUGCAUCGUGGCAGGCGCAGAACUCAGUACGCCACGUGCAAAACACAGGUGGACACAACCACGCAAACAGUGCAUCGGCGCCUUACAAUGGAAUGGAACUUGCGCCUGGACAGACCGCUAGCUACCGUGAAAGAAGCACCAGCAAUGGCAGCCAGCAGAAUCCCAUCCCACAGGAGGGACAACCCCAACAGAUCCCUUACAGGGCUCGUCCAGGAGCGGGACCCAUGGGAGUUGCUGGUUAA